AUGGCACGCGGUCUCGGUGGCAACGAAAAGACAAUGGACACAGACGAUACGAAGCCGGAUUUUGGAGGCAAUGGCUACUACGGCCACUUCUCGCCCGAGGCUACCGAAGAAGGUGGCAUGAGAGCUGCUUCCCGGCAGAUGAGUAGGAUCGAUCAGCCCAGGACGAAGUCUAUAUCGCAGUCUGCGGGUGGACGAGGCUUCGAUGAUAGUGAUUCGGACGUGGUAGACUCUGUCGCCAAGCAGAUGGAAAUGGAGGCUGGAAAUGAGAUCCAGUACAGGACCUGCAGUUGGCAGAAGACUGCAGCAUUGCUAUUCUCCGAGUACAUCUGCCUGGCCAUCAUGUCAUUUCCGUACUCCUACUCCGUACUUGGCCUGGUGCCGGGCCUGAUCCUGACAGUGGUCGUGGCUGGUAUGGUGCUCUACACAUCACUGAUUGUUUGGGAGUUCUGUCUCCGCCAUCCUGAAGUCAAGGACGUGUGUGAUGUCGGUCAAGUAAUUUUCUGGGGCAAGAAGUGGGCGUGGUGGUUCACUGCGGUCAUGUUCUUGCUGAAUAACACUUUCAUCCAAGGCUUCCACUGCCUGACAGGGUCGAAAUACCUCAACACCAUGACCAAUCAUGGCGUUUGCACUAUUGGCUUCAGCGCCAUCGUCGCCGUGAUCUCCUGGGUCUGCUCCCUACCCCGGACUUUCAGCACACUUGCGAAGCUGGCGGGUCUAUCGGCCUUCUUCACCCUCGUCUCCGUACUCUUGGCCACCAUCUUCGCUGGUAUCGAAGAUCAUCCCGGUGCAGGCUGGCCAUCCAAGGGCGCCCCAAUUGUGCUUGCGGUUCCGGCUGCGGGCACUGGCUUUGUCGCUGGCAUGAAUGCAUUCAUGAACAUCAGUUAUACCUUUAUUGGUCAAAUCACGAUCCCAUCCUUCAUUGCGGAAAUGAAGGAGCCAAAGGACUUCCCAAAGGCGCUGUGGGCCGUCACGAUUGCUGAGGUCAUCCUUUUCUCCCUGGUGGGCUCUAUCAUUUACGCGUACACUGGCACGAAUUACAACACGGCACCAGCAUUCGGCUCCUUGGGUAAUGAGGUCUAUCUCAAGGUUAGCUUCAGCUUCAUGAUCCCAACCAUCAUCUUCCUGGGCGUCCUUUACGCAUCGGUCUCGUCACGGUUCGUGUUCUUCCGCCUGUUUGCUGGAACAAGGCACAUGACUAGCAAUACACUCAUUGGAUGGGUCGGCUGGGGCUCCAUCCUCGCCGUGACUUGGCUCUUCGCCUUCAUCAUCGCUGAAGUGAUUCCGUUCUUCAGUGAUUUGCUCUCCCUUAUGAGCUCCCUCUUCGACAGCUUUUUUGGGUUCAUAUUCUGGGGUGUUGCGUACUUGCGAAUGAGGAAUGCAGACUACGGCCCUGGCUUCUACAAGACAAGAGGUAUUCGCGGUAUUGUAGGAUUCGUGGUGAACAUCAUUCUGAUCGGAAUCGGGUUCUUGUUCUUGGGAGGAGGAACAUAUGCAUCAGUGCAGAGCAUCGUUGAUGGUUACGAGUCGGAUGGGUUCGGUGGACCAUUCACAUGUGAUAGCAAUGGGCUAUGA